AUGGCAUCCUCAUCUCGCUUUCACGCUGCAUCGACCGAGCAGGCCAUCAGCGCGGAGGAGAAGUAUGCAGCCCACAACUACCACCCGCUGCCGGUGGUGUUUGCGCGGGCACAGGGCGUCAACGUGUGGGACCCCGAGGGCAAGCACUACAUUGACUUUCUGUCGGCCUACAGCGCGGUCAACCAGGGCCACUGCCACCCGGAGCUGGUCAAGGCGCUGACCGAACAGGCCGGACGGCUGACGCUGAGCUCGCGGGCCUUUCACAAUGACGUGUUCCCCAAGUGGGCCGAGAAGGUGCGCAACACCUUUGGCUACGACAUGGUGAUGCCGAUGAACACGGGUGCCGAAGCGGUCGAGACGGCCAUCAAGAUUGCGCGCAAGUGGGCCUACAAGGUCAAGAAGGUGCCGCAAGGCAAGGCGCUGGUAUUUGGAGCAGCGGACAACUUCCACGGCCGUACGCUGAUGGCGAUCUCGCUGUCGACGGACCCGGAGUCGCGCGACAACUACGGGCCGUAUGUGCCGGGUGUGGGGGCCACGUCGCCGUCGACCGGCCGACCGAUUCGCUUCAACAACGUGGCCGACCUGGCGGAGGUGCUGGCAGCACACGGUCCCGAGACGGCGGCAUUCAUCGUCGAGCCGAUCCAGGGCGAGGCCGGCGUGGUGGUGCCGGACGACGACUACCUGCAAAAGGUGCACGCACUCUGCCGGCAGCACAACGUGCUGCUGAUCUGCGACGAGAUCCAGACCGGCAUCGCGCGCACCGGCCGCAUGCUGUGCCACGAAUGGGCCGGCAUCAAGCCCGACAUGGUGACGCUCGGCAAGGCCAUCUCGGGCGGGCUCUACCCGGUCAGCGCCGUGCUGGCCUCGCGCGACAUCAUGCUGGUCGUCGAGCCCGGCACCCACGGCUCAACGUACGGCGGCAAUCCGCUCGGCUGUGCCGUGUCCAUCCGCGCGCUCGAGCUGGUCGAAGAGGGCAAUCUCGUGGCCGAGUCUGACCGGCUCGGCCGUCUCUUCCGCGACGGCAUUGCCGCCUUUGCCUCGCCCAUCGUGCAGAUGGUCCGCGGCAAGGGCCUGCUCAACGCCGUCGUCAUCGAUGAGCAGGCCGCGGACGGCCGCACUGCCUGGGACCUCUGCCUGCUGCUCAAGGACAAGGGCCUGCUGGCCAAGCCGACCCACGGCAACAUCAUCCGCUUUGCCCCGCCGCUGAUCAUCACCGAGGACGAGGUGCGCAAAGCCCUGGCCGUCAUCGGCGAGGCCCUGCAGGAGCUGCCGACCGUGGCCAAGUCGGAGGGGCACUGA